AUGAUCUCGCUGCAAUCACUCCGCCUUUAUAACCCUUACCGCGCAACGAUGUUCCGGAAACCGCUGCCUCGGUCUCCGAACCAGCCGCACCAACGAAAUGGAGGCGUUUGGGGCAAACUGCUGUUGGCACUCCCUGUAUUCUACAGCACAAUCUACGUGGUUUCUCGAUUGGUAGUUGGAGUUUGGUUUCAAGAAGAUGCAAUCUCCACGGUAGAGUUGGAAGGACCAGCAGCGUAUGGCUUUACGCUGGCCUUUUUCCUCUUUUUCACGCCUUUACUGUACGCUUUUUGCUGCGGUUUGGCGGGUGAGAUGAUCCAGCCGGAGUGGCGGCGCAUAGCACUCUACAGUGGCGCCACAUUUUGCUGUGGAGCUUCCUGCGAGAUUGCAAUUGGCACCAUUUCGGAGUUCCUGUUGGGUCGAAAGGUGUGGCGGUACCAUGUCUGGCCCAAGCACGAUGGAUACACGUCCGGUGUCGGUGCUGUCAUGUGGCCCAUGUAUGGGUUCUAUCUCUUCCUCUUGCGCCAGGCAUUGCACAAGAGGGGCUUGAAACAGCACAUUGAAAAUGCGUUAUUUUCGGGUGUCUUGACGGGUAUUGAUGCCAUGAUGCUGGAAACUAUGGCAAACACGUUCUCUCUCUUUGGCUGGAACAUUUAUUACUUUUAUUAUUAUGCGCCAGAUCUCAAUCACUUCACAUCAGCUGAGAUCUUUUUCGCUUACGUCUUGUGUGGAACUCUGGGGGCCCUCUUGUUGAAAGUUCUGGAUCAACCCAAGUUCCCAAUGGCAGUGAUAGGCCUUGCAUUCUAUGUUGUUGGAAUCUGGGUGGUCUUUGGUCUGGACUAA